UGGCAGACAAGGCACAGAUACAAGAGGCUAUUAAAGUCCAAGGUGAAGUCGUUCGGAAGUUAAAGUCAGAGAAGGCGAGCAAAGAGCAGUGCUAGGGUUGCUUACCACUUUUCUCCUGUUCUUCCUGCCUGACGGUCCCUUGAUGCCUCACCCUUCAUCAUCACCAUCAUCUACCUCACCGUCUCUGGCGAAUCCAACCCCCCUUGACAUCACUGCUAAACUCACUUCCUCGUUGGACUUCUACUGACCACUGUGAUUGGCUGCUGUGGCUGGCCCUGUGCAAUACCAAUGGACGUUGCUGUACCCAUGAUGCACUCCUGAACUUUUGCCUGUCCAAUUUCUGGAUUUUUUUUUUUGUUAUUUUGUCCCUGCUUUUUGAUGAACAUGCUGGGCAUGUUUUGUAUUCGUGCCUGCUCUGGUCUGGUGGGCUUUCGGACUGCCACACGCGUCCGAUCUCUGCAUUCUCACACUGGGAUCACUGUGGCUCAGAUUGAUGAGGAGGUUGCCAAACUGUUGGAGCUGAAGGCUCAGAUAGGAGGAGAUGAUGGCAAACAUCAGUUUGUUCUUAAGACGGCAAAGGGAACGAGGGACUACAACCCCAAGCAGAUGGCCAUCAGAGAGAAAGUUUUCAACACCAUCAUUGGCUGCUUCAAACGCCACGGAGCAGAAACCAUCGACACACCUGUUUUUGAACUGAAGGAAACACUGACAGGGAAGUACGGAGAAGACUCCAAGCUCAUCUAUGACCUCAAAGACCAGGGAGGAGAGCUGCUGUCCCUCAGAUAUGACCUCACUGUGCCGUUUGCUCGUUACCUGGCCAUGAACAAGAUAACCAACAUCAAGCGGUACCACAUCGCCAAGGUGUACCGCCGCGAUAACCCAGCCAUGACCCGCGGACGCUACCGAGAGUUUUACCAAUGUGAUUUUGACAUAGCGGGGCAGUAUGACGGCAUGAUUCCAGACGCCGAAUGUCUGAAGAUUGUCCAUGAAAUCCUCAGUGAGCUGGACCUUGGAGACUUCCGUAUCAAGGUCAAUGACAGACGCAUCCUCGACGGGAUGUUUGCUGUGUGUGGCGUUCCAGAUGACAAGUUCCGCACCAUCUGCUCAACAGUGGAUAAACUGGACAAGAUGCCCUGGGAGGAAGUGAAGAAGGAGAUGGUGAAUGAGAAGGGCUUGUCCGAGGAGGCCGCAGACCAGAUCGGGGAGUACGUCAGUUUACAGGGUGGAAUGGAUUUAGCAGAGCGCCUCCUUCAAGACCCCAAAAUGUCUCAGAGUAAGCAGGCCUGUGCUGGCCUGUCAGAUAUUAAGCUGCUCUUCACCUACCUGCAGCUCUUCCAGGUCACAGACAAGGUGGUGUUUGACCUGAGUCUGGCACGAGGUCUGGACUAUUACACAGGAAUCAUUUAUGAGGCGGUGCUGACUCAGGCAGGUGUGGUCCCGGUGCCCAAUGACGCCCAAAAUGGGGCCCCUGCAGAGGAGAGCGUCAGUGUGGGCAGCGUGGCCGGCGGCGGUCGAUAUGACGGCCUGGUGGGCAUGUUUGACCCCAAGGGUAGGAAAGUGCCAUGCGUGGGCGUCAGCAUCGGCAUCGAGAGGAUCUUCUCCAUCAUGGAGCAGAAGGCCGAGGCAGAGAAGGUUCGGACCACAGAGGUUCAGAUCAUGGUGGCGUCUGCUCAGAAGAACCUGCUGGAGGAGAGACUCAAACUCGUCACCGAGCUCUGGAACGCUGGCAUUAAGGCAGAGGUGAUGUACAAGAAGAACCCCAAACUGCUGAGUCAGCUGCAGCACUGCGAGGACUCCGGGAUCCCCCUGGUGGCCAUACUGGGAGAACAGGAGCUGAAAGAUGGAGUGGUCAAACUGCGCAUCGUCGCCACUAGAGAGGAGGUUGAUGUCUCCAGAGCAGACCUUAUAGAAGAGAUCAGGAGGAGGACUGCUGAAGUUUAGCCAUCUUCUGUGUUCAGCUCCACCUCCACUCACACCACAUGACCGCUUCAAACACCCUGCAGAAUCUUGGACAGAAUAUCUCGUGGUCUCCAUGUCACACGCUGCAUCAGAGCACGUCGCCAAAAAAGCAACGAUGCUAACUGGAGUGUGUUGAACACGAAAGGGAACACGUCGUGAGAGAAAAGAAUCCACAUCAAGUUACAGUUGACAUGCUUGGGAUUCUGUCUGACAGACAUGCACUUGCUCUCAGUGUCAACGUUGUAUGAUGGUGUGCUCUGAGGAACAAAUCAUUGAUGUUAACUAUUUAAGUCUAAGAAGUUUUAAACUUCCAAUUCACCAUAAGGCUGCCAGAGAUCUGAUUGGCUCUCAAGUUUAACUUUGGUUUUUGUCAAUAUGGACUUAAUUUUCUCAUGUUCUCAUGUCUAAGUGACUAAUGGAAGGAAACAAUUUUGAAAGUGAUUCAAUCCCAAAACAGGGAUUUUUUUGCCACUGACAGGCUCAGAUUGUUAUUCCAAGAGUCUGACAACACUAUUAAAAUGAUCCCACAGGAGUUAGACCUUUUCGUUAAAGAGUAAAAUCUUC